GUUCAAUUAAACCGUUCAAUUUUUCUUCCAAAACUCACCUCGUUCCUAAAUCCUAGCACCGCCAGCUUCUGAAUCGUUUUUCGGAUCAAAUGGGCUCCCUCCUCCCCUCAAUGUUCCGCAUCUGAUCUGCAAAUCCUUCAAUCCCCUACAGAUCGAACAAUCACUAAAUUUCUCUGCGCAAGGUCUAGGGUUUUCAUCACGUAUUCGUCAUUCUCACCUUCGUCGGAGAAGAUUUCUGGAUCUCGCAAUUCUAGGGUUCUUCAGAUCCAAUCGGUUUUUGAAUGCGUAUGUGAAGUUCUCUAUGUUUUUUUGAUAAUUGAGGAGCAUAGAUCGAUUUGAUCUCGGAUCGAUUUGUUAGUGUAUUGAAAGUUAUAAUUUUCGGAGAUUAUUAUUGAAAAUGCCUGUGAAAGUAGCGAGUGCGUCAUUACGGGAUCGGACUCAGGAGUUUCAGAGUAUAGCGGAGAGGUUAAAGAAGUCAUUUUCGUCUGUUCAGAAUGGGCCGAUUAGCAGCAGCACCAGCAGUGGUUCUAGAUCGGAGGAACAGAGGACCACUAUUGCUAUGCAAUCGGAGUUCAAUCGGCGAGCCUCCAAAAUUGGUUUUGGAAUACAUCAAACUUCUCAGAAGCUUGCAAAGCUAGCAAAACUGGCAAAAAGGACUUCCGAUUUUGAUGAUCCGACUACAGAAAUCCAGGAGCUGACUGCAGUCAUCAAGCAAGAUAUUAUAGCACUUAACUCUGAUGUAGUAGAUCUCCAGCUUCACUCUAAUUCUCGUAAUGAAAGUGGUAAUAGUGAUACCAUUAGUCACUCAACGACUGUUGUAGAUGGCUUGAAGAACAGGCUGAUGACUGCCACAAAGGAGUUCAAAGAAGUACUCACCAUGCGGACAGAGAAUAUGAAGGUUCAUGAGAACAGAAGACAGAUGUUUUCUUCAUCGACUACCAGAGAAGCUUCGAAUCCAUUUGUGCGCCAGCGUCCACUAGCUUCAAGGACCAUACUCCACCUAGUGGGAUUUCACUGGGUAUGUUGUUGUUGUCCCCCAGCUUCAAGGAAUACUGCUAGUACAUCAGCCAGUCCUCCUCCUUGGGCUAAUGAUUCAGCUUCUUCUUCUCAGUUAUUUCCAAGGAAGCAAGGGGAUGGAGACACACAGCCAUUGCUGCAGGAUCAACAACAGCAGCAGCAGCAGAUAGUUCCAUUGCAAGACAGCUACAUGCAGAGUAGAGCUGAAGCUCUUCAAAAUGUCGAGUCUACUAUCCAUGAGCUGGGCAGCAUUUUUAAUCAGCUUGCUACCUUGGUUUCUGAGCAAGGGGAGGUUGCAAUCAGGAUUGAUGAGAACAUGGAUGACACACUAACAAAUGUGGAAGGAGCACAAGGGGCUUUGCUCAAGUACCUCAAUAGCAUCUCGUCAAAUCGGUGGCUAAUGAUUAAGAUAUUCUUUGUGUUGAUUUUCUUCCUUAUGAUUUUCCUAUUUUUUGUGGCAUAGUGAACAAUGGCGACAUUCGACAAAGUGUGAUGUAGAAAGACAAAUAAUCGUGUAUUUUAGAUAAGUUGCUCCGACCCCUGGUAACGCUACUGUAAUGUUUCAAAAGUUCGAAUUUGGUACCAACUCCAUUUUGAGGCAUCUUUUUACCCUUGUCUUCCAUCAGAUGUGGCUUAUUGUAGUGAUUAUACCCUGUAAGGUUGCUGGGACCACUAUAAGUUGAAACUUGAAAGCUGUAACGUUUGGUUACCAGAACAAGGGAAAAAUUAUCCUGGUAUAAAUAUCUGUAUUAUUUUA